CCGACCUCCUUAUUAUCCUCAGAGGCCCUCGUUUUCCAACGCUGCCUCGCUCGUUCAUCAUGGGCUCGACAGACAUCCCACCCUUCAUGGCCUACAACCCAACGGUACACCCAAAUGGCACUGCGCUCUCCUUUACGCCGCCUUCACUGAUCACGUCCUACCCGUUCUACUAUACGACGCGUCCCACCGUGUUUCCAGGCAUCUCAGACCAGACGACCUCCCUUGCUGCUCCAGUCAUCGCAUACUGGGUCUCGUCGCUCUUUUUCCACGUGCUUGAUAUAUCCGAAUGGAAGUGGCUCGAUAAGCACAGGCUGCACGAGAGCGCGGAGGUGAAGACGAGGAAUUUGGUGACGAGGGCGCAGGUGAUCAAGGCGGUCAUCUUCCAGCAGGCUAUCCAGACGCUGCUCGGUGUGUUUUGGAUGACGGACCAUGGCAGUAAAAUAGACCACGCAGCAGAGAUGCAGAAGUUGGCGGUGGGCAUGGCAAAGGUGCUGUCGUCGUUCGCAGACACAAACACGGUACAGGGCUUCUUGGACACUGCUGGAGGUGAAUUCGCAUACUAUGCGUACUGGUGGUUCAUUCCCAUUGCCCAAUUCUUAUUUGCUGCCUUCAUCAUGGACACAUGGCAAUACUUCCUCCAUCGUGCCAUGCACGUCAACAAAUUCCUCUACAAGCACCUUCACUCUGUACACCACCGACUCUACGUCCCGUACGCGUUCGGCGCACUCUACAACCACCCCCUCGAGGGCUUCCUCCUCGACUCUCUGGGUGCUGCGCUCGCCGAGGCCCUCGCCGGUCUGACUAUUCGCCAAGCCGCACUCUUCUUCCUCUUCUCGACAUGCAAAACCGUCGAUGACCAUUGCGGGUACAAUUUGCCCUGGGACCCGUUGCAGAUGAUCAGCGGGAAUACGGCGGACUAUCACGACAUUCAUCAUCAGGUCAUCGGCAUCAAGUCGAAUUUCUCCCAGCCGUUCUUCAUACAUUGGGAUGUCAUUCUCGGCACACGGAUGACAAGGCAAGAUAUCGUCACUCGCAGAGAAAAAGUCCGCAAGGCCGAAUGAACGUUCUCGAUGUCACUCUUGCCAAACCUUCCAUUGUUGUCGUUGCCGCCGUAUUUAUGUUCUUGAUCCACGUCCAUCCUCUGCGUGCCCGCCGGUCUUGUUGUUUGCCCCAGGAUACUCCCCGCUACUGUUAUAAUUAAACUUCUACACAUAUAUCAGCCCCAUCGUCGCUCGCUUCGAAACGCGUACAUAUGCACACAUACGCCCGUAUAUCCUACGGCCACGGCAUCACUACGGACGGCGACCAUCCCAUCCUGGUCUACCGCUCCGACUACCAGUCCACCCCGUUCCCCAAGCCGUCGGGCCGAUACGCCCACCUCCCUGUCAAGUCCAUUCGCGGUGUCUUCAACACGCCGCUCAAUGCUGCCUGGCCCGUCGUCGGUCCUGCUAUUUGCGACAUCCUCAAGGCGUUCCACCUGCGUCGCUGGUCCAUCGACCCGGCUCGUUUCUACACCCAUGGCCUGGAGGGGGACGAAGCUCAGGGCACUCUUGGUCCCGUUGUUGUCUGGAUCGGGGUGUUGCCCGGCUCUACCUCGACCGAGACCGCCCAUGACAUCUCGCAGACGAUUCUCGCGCUCCUCCGCGAUAACGACAUCCAGGACGUGGUCGUGGAAUUUAGAGAGUCUGAGACCGAGCAGCUGGUCGGCCCUCCUCUCCUACGCCACGUCGGUACCACAAACGCCACCCACCACGUUCGCCGCUUCCUAACUGCUCUCCUCGGCAUCCCACUCACAACGAAGGAAUGCGAGGACGAGGACGUGCAGGGCACGCUGACGCUCUGGUUUCAUGAAAACCGCGACAAGAAUGGCGAACAGAGCAACCGGGUGUUGGGGCUUACCUGCUGCCAUGUGCUCCGGCCCAAGACGACUACGACAUACGAGUUCAGAGGUGGAGGCGACCAAAACUUGGUACGAGUCGGCGGGAUGAGUCGCUUCCAGCAGGGGCUGGACGGUAUCACUGAGGCUAUCGCGGAUCACAGCCUUGUAGCUAACUACCUUACCCGCGAAUACGCCGAACUUCAGGCGAAUGAGCAGGACGACAAGACGACGAGUGAGAGCGAGAAGAUUUGGCAGAAGUUGGUGGAGGAGAAGGAAGCUGUCACCGCUCUCGAGGCUCUCUACAAAGAAGUCAUUGAUUCCUGGUUCAAUCUCAGGCUUCAGCGCAACAUUGGCUACGUCGAAUACGCACCCGCUAUCUCUGUCGCCGACGACACUCGCUAUACGGCUGACUGGGGUGUUUUCGUCGCGGCCGAGGCGAUCGUCAAGCCACACUUUGAAGGCAAUGUCGUUGACCUUGGCUCCAAGUACACUCCUCAGGAGCUCACUGCCAUGUUCUGUCCGAUGGCUGGCGGUCGCAACACCUUCAAGUUCCCCACACAGCGUAAGUUGCGCAUCGUUGCUUGCGCGACGGAGGACGACCUCGCCCACCCCGCUGAGUUCGACGCUGACGGCCAACCUUGCCUCAUCGUCGGCAAGGACGGUAACACCACCGGGCUGACGGUCGGGCGCUAUGCCGGAAUGGUGUCCUUCCUCGAGAACGAGGUUGGUGUCGUGUCCCGCGAGCUCGGUAUCUACAACACAGGCCUCAAGGCGGUCGAGCCCUUCUCCAAGAAGGGUGAUUCCGGCUCCAUCGUCUGGCAUAUGCGCGACGGUAAGGCUCAUAUGGUCGGACAGCUGCACUCGGGUCGCAACAAGGGAGUCAGGGCUGGAAACUAUCUUACCUACGCCACCCCGGCGUGGUACCUCCUCGAGCAGGUCAAGUCCAAAUACGAGUACGCCGACUUUUACCGCUCUGCCUGGUAG